AUGUCUGCGACAAAUCCCAAAGUGGAAUCGGAGAAGAAUCUGUCCAGUGUUGAAGUCACUGCCGUACCUCAACUCAAUGAUAAUGCACAUCAUGUAGCUUUAGAAGAUGUAGAUGAAGCUGCAGCUUUCGUUGCUGGUUUUAAAGGAGAAAUAACCAAAGAGAUGUCAGAUCGAGUGAGAAGAAAGUGUGAUCGGCACAUGCUGCCUUUAAUGAUGGUAUUGUAUUUCGUGCAAUUCACCGACAAAACGACCCUAGGAUCAUCCGCUAUUCUCGGCAUCAAGACUGAUAAUCACCUCACUCAAGGCCAAUACAACUGGCUAGGAACGAUUUUCUACUUGGCAUACCUUGUGUUUGAAUGGCCUCAGGCCGUGGCUCUGCAGAAAUUUCCUCCUGGAAAGUGGAUGGCUUGUAACAUACUUGUGUGGGCCGUUGUUCUUUGCUGUCAUGCCGCUUGUUCGAGCUUCGCCGGACUCUUCGUCUGUCGAAUGUUCUUAGGCAUUUGUGAGGGCUCAAUCACAGCUGGAUUCCUGAUUCUUACAAGUAUGUUCUACACUCACGCAGAAGGUACUCAAAGAGUUGGAUACUGGUUCCUUAUGAAUGGUACUGCUCAAAUUUUCAACGGAUUCGUUUCUUUUGGUGUAUAUCACAUCAAUCCUGAGAUUAUCCACCCAUGGAAGAUUUAUAUGAUCAUCACUGGUGGAAUUACCUUAAUAGUCGGAGUAUGCUUUUGGUUCUUCAUCCCUGAUAAUCCAAUGAAAGCUCGUUUCCUGACUCACGAGGAGAAGAUCAUCGCCAUCGAGCGACUAAGGGGUGAAUCGACAGGUAUAGAGAAUAAGACAUGGAAGAAGGAACAAUUCAUCGAAGCUUUGUUGGAUUGGAAAUCAUGGGCUUUUGCCAUUUACGCUGGCUCCAACAAUGUGGCCAAUUCCUUGACCAACAUGACUCAAUUGAUCAUCAACUCGUUCGGAUUCACCGUCGGUCAAACAGCAUUACUAGGCUGCGUAUCAGGAGUGAUCGAGAUCCUCACCAUCUAUUCGUCCGUAUUGGUCAUAAAGAAAUUCCCUAACGCCAGAGCAUACGUAGGAGCAUGUUAUUCAAUCCCCAAUAUCGUUAGCGGAGCCUUGUUGAUCGGACUUCCGUGGUCUGCCAAGGCGGGUUUGUUGGUGGCAAUGUACCUUGGUGGGGUAGGUACACCGGGUUUCGUAUUGAGUCUUUCAUGGUGCGCUGCAAGUACUGCUGGACAUACAAAGAAGACCACAACGAAUGCGAUGCUUUUGAUUGGGUAUUGUCUUGGAAAUUUGCUAUCCCCUCAAAUGUGGGAAGCCAAAUACGCACCAAGAUAUUACAUCCCAUGGGGUAUCAUCCUCGGUACAUACGUCAUCAACCCAAUCAUCCUGCUCGGGAUCCGAUACUUCCUCAACAAGGAGAACAAGCGUCGAGACAAAUUGUUCGAAACUGGUCAAGCAGAGACCGAAAAAUUCGUGGAUGAACAAGGAAGAGAAAUUGAUUCCACUUUCUUGGACAUUACUGAUAGAAAAAACCUUUCUUUCCGAUACCCACUCUAA